GAGCCGAGCGAGGCGAGGCGAAUCGAAUCGAGUCUGGAGCCGAGAGCGGGCGGCGGAGCGGCAGGAAACGCCGAGGCUGCUGUCCAGGAGCGAAAGAGGAACGGUUAGAGAGAACUAGGUUAACCGCGUUUCCAGAGAAACGAGGAGCGGGCCGGUAGAGGGAGAAAUUACCUACUCCCUCCAGAAAAGGAGCGGGGGGGAAAGGAGAAAAAGUGGACGGAGCUGGGACGACCUCAGAGUCAGGAAGUGCAGUGUGAAGGCACAGCAGGGGUAGACUCGCCGUGGGAGGAUGAAGAGGUUCCGGCGACACGGGCAGGAGUCGCACAGGGACAAGCUCAAACAGGAGCUCUACCAGUUCAACAAGACUGUGGAGCAUGGAUUCCCCCACCAGCCCAGCGCUCUGGGGUACAGCCCCAGUCUGCAGCUUUUGGCCAUUGGGACCCGGUCUGGUGCCAUCAAGCUCUAUGGAGCUCCAGGUGUUGAGUUCAUGGGUCUCCAUGAAGAGAAUGCUGCUGUCACUAGAGUGUUCUUCCUCCCAAAUCAGGUUGAGCUGGUGACUCUCCUUGAUGACAACAACUUGCACAUGUGGACCCUUCAGGCACACCAAGGUCUCUCAGAGCUUCUGGAAAUUGGACGAUUCACGCUGACUGGGCCACCGGGUGCCCCUCCAAGUGUAACACGUAUCACAGCUGUGCUUGCACAUUCAUCGGGUGAACUCCUGCUGCUUGGCACGGAAGGAGGCCACGUGUUUGUGGUGGAGGUUCCGGGCUUCCGGGAGCUAGAGGACAAGAACAUCAGCCUGGAGGCUGUACAGAGCCGAGCUCCAGAGGGGCGCAGAAACUUGGAGAGUGUGGAGGACCUUCAGGAGAACCCCCUGAACCCCCGACAAGUGCUGGUGGGGUAUGGCCGUGGUCUCAUGGUACUGUGGGAUCUGGAUGUCAAGUGUGCUGUCCAGCACUUCAUGGGCUCUCAGUUGGAGAGUGUGUGGUGGAUGCCAGAUGGGGAACACAUCCUUAGUUCCCAUAGUGACGGGAGCUACUGCAGGUGGAUGGUGAACGGCGAGGACACUCAAAAUGAGCCUGAGAAGGAAGUGCCCUACGGCAACUUCCCGUGUAAAGCCAUUACUAAAAUCAUACAGCUGCCAACGACACGAGGGCCCCCAUUUUUAAUCUUCAGCGGCGGCAUGCCUCGAGCCAGCUAUGGAGAUCGCCACUGUAUAUCAGUCAUCAGUGGCAAGACUCACGUGGCACUGGACUUCACUUCCCGCAUCAUCGACUUCUUUGUCAUUGGAGAAGGGGAACGGCAGAAAGGAAACCCAAGUGCACUGGUGGUACUGGUGGAGGAGGAGCUGGUGGUAGUGGAUUUGCAGACGGAGGGCUGGCCCAUCAUACAGACACCCUACUUGGUCCCUUUACACUCCUCGGCCAUCACCUGCUCACACCAUGUCUCCGGCAUUCCCCUUAAGCUGUGGGAGCGGCUGCAGACUGCAGGAAAGCUUCAGAAAACACACUACUCGUCCAAGCCAUGGCCACUGAUCGGAGGAAAAAACCUGUCCCCUGAUCCCCCCCAGCGGGACCUGCUGCUUACAGGACAUGAAGAUGGUACAGUUCGAUUCUGGGACGCAUCAGGCGUGUGCUUGUACCCCAUGUACAAGCUGAGCACCGCUAGUGUGUUUCAGACAGAUGCCGAUCUCAAUGACAACAUGAACCAGGGUUUGGAGGGAGAGUGGCCGCCUUUCCGUAAGGUGGGCUGCUUUGAUCCCUACAGUGAUGACCCUAGGUUGGGCAUCCAGAAGAUACACCUGUGCAAAUAUAGUGGGUACCUGGCUGUUGCAGGCACUGCGGGUCAGAUUCUUGUGCUGGAGCUGAACGAUGAAUCACUGGAGCAGAGUGUGGAGGGGACUCUGGUGGAUCUGCUGCAGGGCCAGGAGGGUUUCCGCUGGAAGGGCCAUGCACGGCUGGAGGAGCGGGAAGAAUCUGUGAACUUCCCACCUGGCUUCCAGCCCUUCGCCCUGAUACAGUGCCAGCCACCAGCCGUGGUCACUGCCCUCACUCUGCACUCAGAGUGGAAGCUGGUGGCCUUUGGCACCAGCCAUGGCUUUGGCCUCUUUGACUACCAGCAGAAGAACACAGUCCUGGUCAGGUGCACACUGAACCCCAGUGAUCAGCUGGCUAUGGAGGGGCCGCUUUCCCGCGUCAAGUCCAUCAAAAAGUCGCUACGGCAGUCUUUCCGUCGCAUCCGCCGCAGCCGUGUGUCCAUGCGCAAGCAGCACACCAACAAUGCUGCCAAGCUCCAGGAGAUCAACGCUCGGAUGGAAGCAGAAGCUCUUCAGGAGAUGGAGCUGGCCCCGGUGCAGAGAAAAAUCGAGGCGCGCUCUUCUGAUGACUCCUUCACUGGCCUUGUCCGCGCACUCUAUUUUGCCGACUCGUUCCUCAGUGACAGCACUCACAACACCCCCUCGCUGUGGGCAGGCACCAAUGGUGGCUCCAUUUUUGCCUACACCCUUCGCCUGCCACCUACUGAACGCCGAGCUGAGGAGCCCGUCACAGCCCACCCUGCCAAAGAGAUCCAAUUGAUGCACCGUGCCCCAGUGGUGGGCCUGUUGAUCCUGGAUGGGCGUGGUGCCCCUCUUCCAGAGCCCCUGGAGGUGGCCCAUGACCUCGCCCGCAGCCCAGACAUGCAGGGCUCUCACCACUUGCUGGUUGUCUCUGAGGAGCAGUUCAAGGUUUUCACACUGCCCAAGGUGAGCUCCAAGAUGAAGCUAAAGCUGACAGCAGUUGAGGGUUCACGUGUGCGACGUGUGAGUGUGGCCUGGUUUGCCAGCAGCCGCACAGAAGAGUACGGCGAGAACGGUCUGGUGGUGCUCACCAACCUAGGUGAUCUGCAUGUGCUCUCACUACCCCACAUCAAGAUGCAGGUGCAUUACCCUUGCAUCCGUCGAGAAGACAUCAGCGGCAUCGCUUCAUGCGUCUUCACCAAGCAUGGGCAAGGAUUCUACCUGAUCUCUCCCUCUGAGUUUGAGCGCUUCUCCCUCUCUGCCCGGUGGGUGGUUGCACCCAAGUGCCUGGUUGAAGCCCCACACCAGGCUUCCACUUCCUCAGGCAAACACCACAAGUCCAGGGCACAGCCUGAUGGUGUUGCUGUGGGGCACAGAGGUGAAAGUGAAGAUGGUGAGAGCUCUGCCAGGCGCGUCAUGGAGCAUGCUUUGCUGAAUGAUGAGCAGGUGCUGAAGGAGAUCCAGAAAUCUCUAGAAGGAGAUCAAACCACACACCUGGAAAACAACCUGAAAAUAAAAGCAGCCAGUGGUGUGAUGAGCAAUGGAGGUGAGCUUCCACAGAAUAUAGACUGAGCCCCACUUUGCUGUGCCUGAGGGACUUUGGAGUUGAGCAGCACUCUAUCCUUGCCAAUAACCACCACGACAACACUACUACUGCUAACAUUACAACUACUGAACCCCAAGGCCAGCCAAGGAGGGAAUCCCCCCACCUCCCCCAAACUCAACGCACUGAUUCUGAACAGGGAGGAUGGGCAAGGGAGUCUGCCAUGUGUGCCUCAAAUGACCACUGUAUCUCCACCAGCCUUCCAUACCCCCCACUGACCUUUAAACUUUUAUGCCUCCGCACCUGCAAACCCUCUGCCUUUCCUUCCUUUCCAGAGGAAGAGGAAGGAAUAUAGGAAUGUCUUCAAAGUGGCAAAGGGAUAUGAAAGGCUGGAGAAGGGCUGUUUUUUUGUUUUUAAUACUUUUAAUAUGUUUUUAUAUUUAAGUAGACUUGUGAUUUCUCUAUUUAAAGUUAAUCACGUUGAUUCUAAACCUCUUAUUUGUACACACAACAGCAUUUACAAGGGAAAAGUAAAAUUACCACUAUUUUAGGAGGACUUGUGUAAGGCAGUUAGGUGCAUAUUAGAAGCUUGAGUUCAGUAUUUCUUUUAAUUCACUGUUAAUAAACAGCAACAUAAGAGUUUGUGCUAACACCUUGCGAGAGAUUUAUUAAUGGUAGGUGUAAUUUUUUUUAGGGACUUUAGUAAUGUAACUUCUGCAGUGAACCACAAAGAGGUUUGUCCAUUGUAGAGUUUGUGAGUGCUGGAAGAAUCAUGUUCAUUUCAAAGAGAGUAUAGAGUUCAGGCAGUGCUUUAAAGCAUUAGCUCUAGCUCUGUGAAGUCUAAAACGUAAUCACUUAUAAGUUAUGUGUUUGUUUUUCAGAGAGGUGGUUUAGAGAAUUGAUUGCAAAACUUGUGAAAUUUUGUUGAAGAAAUCAGUAAUGGAUUUCAUAUAGCAGCUAAUGAUUUUUUCUAAAUGCUUAAUUAUGAUCAUAGUGUUAGUUGUUUGACAGCUGUGUGCUGAUUAACACUUUUUCUGACAUCUUUAUUUACUUUUGAAAAAUUGUAGAAGGCAUUAAUUUCGUCACUGUACACUUUUGAAGCAAACGAAAUUGAUUGCAGUGUGUUCUCCCUACGGUAUGUCUGGUUAUUUAUAAAUAUGCGCAUACUUACAUGUGCAGUAUGAGUCCCAUACACUAUUUACUUUUCUUUGACUUGUACCUUCUAAUAAGCACCUAAUUAGUCUGUCACAGUUGGUCUACUUAAGAGUGUCAAGCAACAGAAUUGUAGUAAAGCAGUUUUGGCAGAAGAUGCAAAGAAAGUGGAAAUAUACGCAAGACUUCAAGGGGUCAUGGAGUGUGGAAGCAUCUUGCAACGUGAACUAGACACAGGGAUUGAAAAUGGAAAUGGGAAAGUACCCUUGAACUUGAUGUGUUCAGGCCCUGGACAGUAUUAAUAAUGAAUUAGAGUGCCAAUCUAUGAUGGCUUCUUGGCUGUCCUGGUGGUGCUGACAUGUGGGCUUCAAGGUUACAGUCAAAAGAAUUGUCAUUAGGUACUUUUCCACUGCUGUGUAGCACAUUUUGUACUUCUUAAGGGGAACAACUUUCUAUGGGGUCUUUUUUAAUGUAAACAAU